AUGCAAAACACCUAUUCAUCAAAUGGUUAUAAUGCGUAUAUAAGGUCGAUUAUCGGAAGUGGAAUUCAACAGAAUAUGCCUACACAGAACGCAGACUCCUCAAACUCUGAACAAUGGAGUCAGAAUAUACUAUUAAACAGUCUAACACUAUGGAGUAUGUUUAUGAAAGGUAUUCAUCAAUUGAAUAAUAAUUCUAAUCAAAACUGUGAUGCUUACAAUAAAUUAAUGUCUGCUGAUGAAGAAAUGCUAACAUUCAAUAAUUCUUCAAUGAAACCGAUAGACUUGUCAGUUUUGUCAACAGAUACCAAUUCAGUGAUGAAUAUAUCGCAUUGUGAAGAAGUUAUCAAUAAACUGUCUCCUACAAAUCAAUCCUAUGUAGACAAUUCUUACUUAAACUAUCAUUACUGUGAGUCUAAAGAUUUCACAUCAGUGUUGAACGCGUUAAACAACUUACUCAGUAUGACUAAUCCUUACAUGAAAUCAGUGAAUCAACCAUCGACAGCAACACUAGCACCACCACCGGCAACAAUAACAACAACAACAACGACACCAACACCACCAACAACAAGAACAAGUGACUUCAUCUCUGAGCAAUGUCAGUUUCCGACAAAUCCUUCCACUAUAUGGAAUCCUAAUACUACCACUACCACUAUCAAUAAGUCAUUAGUGAAUAUUUCAAAAACUGAGAAAUUGAACAUUUCAUCGACAUCAACAUCGUCAUCACCAUCAUCAUCAUCGUCGUCGUCGUCAUCAUCAUCAUCGUGGAGCAAACAGUCGAAAUUUUCAAUUUUAGAACUUAUAAACACAUCAAAAGACACAGAAAAGAAUUAUUCAUUAUCGGAUCAAAAUACACCGAUAAAAAGAAGUGUGAGUCAUGCAAGAAAUAAGCGUUUUCGAUGUCCAAUAUGCAGUCAUACAUUUUCUACACAAAAUAGUCUAACAAAACACACAACUUCUAUCCAUAUGAUGCCUCAAUGUUUGAAUCCGAUCACUUCACAGAAACAUCCUCAGUCAAUGAUGAAAUCAUUACCAGUGAUGACAACAAGAGUAGAGGAUAAAAACUUGCCAAGUAUUGUUAGUGAGAAGAUCAAAUGUCAUGAGAAUAGAUUGGAAAGUAUGAGUAGAACACAAUCGAUCUUGUUGAAUAAUAAAGAUACUGAUGCAUUGAUAGGAUUCAAUGGGAAUUCGACAUUUCCUUACAUUCAUAACACAAGCGGUAACGGUGAUAAUAACAAUAAUAAUGACGAACAUUCAAGUCAGCUGAAUUCCUCACUGACUGAACCAAUGACAUGCACAACGGAAACACAAAAUCCUCACAAUCAUCAUCAUAAUUAUGGGCAUCCUUAUUUCUGUCAUUUAUGCAAUAAAGUUUACUAUUCAAUGUCUGCAUUAAAAAUGCAUGUACGCACGCAUACUUUACCGUGCAAGUGUAAUUUAUGCGGUAAGGCAUUUUCACGUAUGUGGCUAUUGAAUGGACAUUUGAGAACGCAUACAGGCGAGAAACCAUUUGCUUGCAUAGUCUGUACAAGAGCAUUUGCUGACAGAUCGAAUUUAAGAGCACAUAUGCAAACGCAUUCGGAAGUGAAACGAUAUCAGUGCAGUCAUUGUGAUAGGACAUUUUCACGUAUGGGAUUAUUGACAAAGCAUCAGACAACAUCAUGUUUACAGCAGCAGCAGCAGCAACAACAGCAACAAGUUAAAAAGUCGUCGACAAAAUCACGUAACACUACUACUACUAAUAAUAAUAAUAGUAGUAUUAGCAGUAAUAAAGUAAAUGGAUAUAAUAUAUUCGACAAUAAAAUCAUACCUGAAUCUAAAAAAUUGAGAAAUAUUCAUUAAAGCCUAUGAAUUGUAUAAGACAAAAAAGAAAUAUCAUGAAUAAAAUGAUUCUUAUCCCUCGACAGUCUUAUUUCUUCUAAAAUAAUUGAAUUGUAU